UUUUUUUUUUUUUUCUAAAAAUUUCAUUACACAUCCACGUAUGUUAAUCCACGUGUUGAUUAGAUAUCGAAUAUACAUGUUUUUUUUUUUUACAUGUAUUUUUAUGUUUUUAAAACGAGAUACGAGAUCGAAUGCUAUUUAAACAAAUAAUUCCAAGAAAAUUCGUUUAUACAUAAAUUUCAUCAAAAGUGUUUGUUUAAAAAUAGCACGAAUAAUAAUGAUUAAAUAAAUUUUUCAUCGAGUUAAACAAAUUAAUUCGCUUUAUUUAAUCUCAUCGCACAAAUUAAUAUUCUUCCUUUUCCUCGCAAUUCUUCAAUUUUUUCUUCCAAACCUUUUCUUCACCACUUUUUUACAAAUUCAAAAAUAAAUUACAAACUCACUAUCACAACUCACUCAUUUAACAUGCUGAAAUUUCUCUGUGACCAGAACGACAGCUGCUAACACCGCUUCGAUUUCACAGAGAAGUCCAUCCAAGAAUCAUGCAUAACACAUCAAUAGGUUAGAUUCGAUCUACGCUUAAUUCAUCCGCUCCUCGAGCACCAUUUCUCUUGAGAAUCGCGAGUUCUUUGUCAUCUUCUCUCUUUUCUUUCUUUUUUUUUUCUUUUCCUUUUUUCCUUCUUGCCUUCUUUCAUCGUAUCGAUAUAAAGUAAAUAGAAAGUAGGCGAUCUGUAACUAAAGGAUACACGAUAGAUCAAAGCUGAACUGAAGAAACACGGUAGUAGAAGUAACAAUCGAUGCACAAACCUUGUUGAGUUCAAUAUCUGAGAGAAGAUAUUCCAGUCGUUUUUACUCGAUUGUCAGAGGCAUCGAAAUGGAAAAGGACGAUUUUUCAAUCAACUUGUCGUCGAUUUUCAUUAAACUCAUGGGAAUAUGGAUGGCGAAUGGCCGAUCGGAGAAAUGUGUGAGAAACGUGACGAUCGUGUACAGCAUCAUCGCGCUUCUUUUUGGACUGUGGUUACAAAUUACGGAUAUGUAUUAUUCGUGGGGCGAUUUUUCUGAAUGUAUCUUUUCUAUGUGCAAUAUGCUAUCGAUAGCCGCACCCCUUUUGAAACUAAUCACUCUGAUUGUGCAUAGGAAAGAUUUUUUUUAUUUGAUUUUGUAUCUACAAAGAAAAUUUUUGCACGGAGAUUACGAUGAUUACGAACGAAACAUUGUGCUCAACUGUAAACGGAAAUGCACGUUCUUCACUUGUUCUUUGACUUUCACCACUCUGGCCACCGUUGUUUCUUACAUUAUUAAUCCACUUGUUGCAAAUAUUGGAAGAAACGAAUCAGACAGAGCGCUUCCGUUCAACAUAUGGAUUGACUUACCACUAACUAUAACUCCAUACUAUGAAAUUACGUUCGUUUUAGAGGUGAUAUCCUUAUAUCACAUUGGGGUGAGUUACUUCUGUUUCGACAAUUUUUUGUGCAUUAUGAAUUUGCACGUGGCCGGACAAUUUCAAGUGUUGCAACACAGAAUUUCCAACAUAACGGAUUUGAUAAUUGAAAAGGAAGAGAAAAGGGAGAAAUUAAUUAUGGACUCGUCCUACUUUGCAAGUAAAUGUUAUGCCAUUUUUAAGAAGUGUAUUCGCCAACACCAAGCCCUUAUAGCGUAUUGCAGAAAACUUGAAGAGGUAUUCAAUUUGAUUGUCCUAGAGCAAGUUUUGAUGUUCAGCUUGUUAAUUUGUCUCGAUGGAUAUCUGGUACUUAUGGCAGACACAUCUACCACAACACGUUUGAUCUUCGGCCUUCACAUAACGGUAUGCUUAUGCCAAUUGCUGAUGUUCACUUACAGUUGCGACUGUAUCAUACGAGAGAGCUCGAGCAUAGCCACGGCAGCGAAUAGAGGACCAUGGCCAAUGAUACCAAUGACCACAAGCGGAAGAAUGAUGAAAAAAGAUUUGAUACUCGUUAUUAUGAGGUCUGGUACACCUUGUUGCUUGACAGGUAGAGGAUUCUUUGUCGUGUCCUUGGAAACGUACACUAGUGUUUUAAGUACUGCUGCAUCAUAUUUUACGCUAUUGAAACAACAUUCAGAGAACGCUCUCCCUAUAAAUCCCUGGCCGUACAAUCCGAUCGCUCGAAGAUCAAGUAUGAAUUUGAAAUAUCGUAAAGACCUUGCUUUUACCGUGGCAUCUUUCUAUCUAAGGGUCGUUGGCUUUUGGUUAACAACCAGCCGCCUGGAAGAGUGCUUCAGAAUUGGCGUGGUCGGGUAUACUAUACUUGCGAUCACCUUCUCUGCAUGGGUUCAAAUAAGAGGGCUUUAUUUCAAUUGGGGAGACUUUAGCGCCUGUACUUACAUCGCAUGCGAUGGCUUGGGACUCGUCAUGGAUUUCUUCAAAAUUUUCAGCCUAUUCAUACAUCAGAAGAAGUUUCUUGGUUUAAUGGCGUACAUGCAGAAAAAUUUCUGGCAUUACGACUACGACGAAGAAGAAAACUUAAUCGUGAAAGACACGAAGAAAACAACCGCGUAUUUCGUCUGUAUUCUCACAUUUUCUUCCCUAUCUUCGAUUUUCAUGUAUAUGUUCAGACCAUUGUUGACAAAUAUUGGGAGAAACGAAACAGAUAGGAUACUUAUAUUUAAUAUGUAUCUGGACCUGCCAUUGUCUAUUUCACCGUAUUAUGAAAUUGCAUACACGAUACAGAUCGCUGCUUUAAACCAGGCUGGCAGUUGUUAUUUUUGCUUCGACAAUAUAUUUUGCAUCUUGUGCCUGAACGUAGCCUGCCAGUUUCGCAUAUUACAAUACAGAAUAGCCAAUGCGCCAAUUUUAAAAAAGAAGGAAAACCUCGACUCGUCUAAAUAUCCUUCAGACGAAUGUUACAACGCGUUUAAAAAUUACAUUCAACAGCAUCAAGCUCUCCUCCACUUCUGCGAAACCCUCGAACAGAUAUUCACGAUAAUCGUGGUCGGGCAAAUAUUAAUGUUCAGUAUAUUAUUCUGUUUCCUUGGAUACCAAGUGAUCUUGGCAGAUCUCACCACUUCUUAUCGCGUGUCCUUCAUAUCUUAUCUAUUCGCCGGUAUGUGCCAGUUGUGGAUGUUCACGUACAGUUGUGAUUGCAUAACGCAAGAAAGCGCGGAAAUAGCUUCGGCCGCGUACACUUCACCAUGGAUAGAUCUACCGAUGGAUAAGUUUGGGAAAAUGUUGCGAAAAGAUUUGCAAAUUGUCGUCAUGAGGUCAAGACGAGCCUGUUGUCUGACUGCGUGUGGUUUCUUUCCUAUAUCCCUUGAGACUUACACCAAAAUCAUGAGUACCACAAUGUCGUAUUUCACUUUGUUGAAACAACGAACAGUAGAUGCAGUAGACACAUAAUUGCUCCAGUUUUCAAUUAUGCGAGUUCACGAAAUGUUCUGUUAUACAAAUCGUUUAAACGAGAAAACAGGAAUGAUUAAACAAAAAAAAAAAAAAAAAAACAAGAAAUAAUUUUAAUCAAUUGUAUAUUAUUAUAUUAUAA